UUCGCCACCCGCUUCACCUACGUGCUGACCUCGGGGGGCAUCGGCCCCACGCACGACGAUGUGACCUUCGAGGCCGUGGCCAGGGCCUUCGGGGAGAGGGUCACCCCCCACCCCGAGCUGGUGGCCCUGGUGCACAAGUUCUUUGGCAAGACGGACGCGCAGUGCCCCGAGAUGAAGCUGGCUCGUGUCCCCGAGUCCUCCUGCCUCAACUACGGCACAGAUGGGCGCACGGGCAGCGCAUUCAAGUACCCGCUGGUCAGCGUGCGCAACGUUUACAUCUUCCCCGGCAUCCCGGCGCUGAUGGAGCGCGCCCUGGACGGCCUUGCUCACCUCUUCCGCAGCGAGCGGACCCGCUUCCACUCCCGUGCCAUCUACGUGGCAGCCGACGAGAUCCUCAUCGCACCUGUGCUGGACGAGGCCGACGCUGCCUUCCAGGGUCGCGUCAGCUUGGGUUCCUACCCAGACUGGGCCAACAACUACUACCGCGUGAAGCUGACGUUGGACUCGGAGUCGGAGCAGGACCUGGAGGAAGCGUAUGUCUUCUUGAUGGAGAAGCUGCCGCCAGGCAUUGUUGUGCCGUUGGUGACAGACUGUGUCUCGCCGGCAGCCGCGGAGGUUUACGGCCUGGCUGAGUCAGGCUCGGCCCUGGGACAGAAGGUGGCAGGAGCGCUGCGGACCAUCGAGGAGGCUUUGGACCGGUACAGCCUGGCCCAGCUCUGCGUGGGCUUCAACGGGGGCAAGGACUGCACGGCCCUGCUGCACCUCGUCCAUGCCGCCGUGGAGAG